GCCUCCUCCCCUCUCCUUUAAAGUGGCCUAUAUUUAGGUCCAGCACCAGGGACACAACAGUGAAAGUGUGACCGUUGGUGUGAGAGAGUUGGGUUGGUGACCGUCUAUGAGCAGUGACAGUAUUUUCAGCAGAUAAAGGAAGUGAAAGUUCAUCAGAAUCAGGGAGGACACAGGAAGUUUCUUUGGACUGUUUUGCAAGUUCAUGCUCUGUUUCUUGAAAUAAGGACGGACUUCUCAUUUUCUUUUUGUACCUCAUAUGCUGGUUGAUCUCUGAAACUGGACUUAAAGCUGCAGUGCACACAGAUAAAAAUGGAGGACGAGAAAUACAAAGAUCAGGUGCCUGUUGUUGAAGAAACAAAAGUGAAAGUCCUGCUAGAAAUUGAAGCAUCAUAUGGACCUGAUGAGAAAAGUGAUUAUCCUCCUGCUGGGACAAACUCCAUCUACUCGGCCAUUUUAAGCAGAAAUGAGGCUGUCAAAGAUGCCAAGCGCCUUAAGAGUUUUUUGGAGCUACGUGAUAAAUAUGUGAAGCAGAACGUGGUGUUUGAAGACCCGAUGUUUCCUGCCAGUGAUGCUUCGCUCUUCUACAGUCGCAAAUUCCCUAUGAAAUUUGAAUGGAAACGUCCCUCGGAAAUUUGUGAAAACCCCCAGUUCAUCAUAGAUGGAGCCAACAGGACAGACAUCUGUCAAGGAGAAUUGGGCGACUGCUGGCUGCUGGCCGCCAUCGCCUGCCUGACUCUGAAUGAGAAGCUGCUCUACAGAGUGAUUCCUCCUGAUCAGAGCUUCACGGAGAACUACGCCGGCAUCUUCCAUUUCCAGUUUUGGCGUUAUGGCGAGUGGGUGGAUGUGAUAGUGGACGAUCAAAUCCCCACCAACAAAAAUCAGCUGGUGUUCACCAAAUCUUUCAGAAAGAAUGAGUUCUGGAGCGCUCUUUUGGAAAAGGCUUAUGCAAAGUUGCACGGUUCUUACGAGGCUCUGAAAGGAGGAAACACUCUGGAAGCGAUGGAGGAUUUCACAGGAGGAGUAACCGAGUUCUUUGAGUUGUCUGAGGCACCGAAAGAGCUUUUCAUGAUUAUGAAGAAAGCCAUGCAGAGAGGCUCACUGAUGGGCUGCUCCAUAGACGUUUUUUCAGCCAGUGAAAUGGAGAGUCGGACUGACCAAGGGCUGAUCAGGGGUCACGCUUACUCCAUCAUCGCCCUGGAAGAGUGUGAUGAAAAUGGAAAAGACACCAAAAUUCGUCUGAUUCGCCUGCGUAAUCCCUGGGGGUUUGUGCUGUGGAAGGGUCCGUGGUGUGCAAAUUCAAAGGAAUGGUCGACCAUUUCCAUCGCAGACAGAGAAAACCUGAAGAAACAAACAAUAGAACAGAGUGAGUUCUGGAUGUCCUUCAAUGACUUCAAGAGGAACUUCACCAAACUGGAGAUCUGUAACCUGACCCCCGACACGCUGCAGGGCGACGAGAGACUCAGCUGGACGGUGUCGGUCAACCAGGGUCGAUGGGUGAGAGGCAGCUCUGCAGGCGGCUGCAGGAACUUCCCAGACACGUUCUGGACGAACCCUCAGUAUCGUCUGCAGCUGUUUGAGCAGGAUGACGACUCAGAGGACGGGGAAGUUCUCUGCACUGUGGUGGUGGCUCUGAUGCAGAAAGGUCGCAGGAUGCAACGCAAUCAGGGGGCCAGGUACCUCACCAUCGGGUUCUCCAUCUACGAGGUUCCAAAGGAGAUGCGGGGAGAAAAUCAACAUCUACAGAAGGACUUCUUCCUGUACACAGCCUCCAAAGCCAAAUGCAAGACCUACAUUAAUCUACGAGAGGUAACGGAGCGCUUCCGUCUGCCUCCAGGAGAGUAUGUCAUCAUCCCUUCGACCUUUGAACCCCAUCAAGACGGAGAGUUCAUUCUGAGGGUCUUCUCUGAGAAAAGCAGCACAUCAGAGGAAGCAGAGACGACAAUCGAAUCAGACCAAAUACAGCAAGACAAGACAGUGAAAUACAAGCCUAUUGUAUUUGUGUCAGACAGAGCGCGUGCCAACAAAGAAAUCGAGCAUGAUGGCAUUCAGGGAGAAAAGAGGAAGAAACGAAAGGAGCGAAAACCUUACCUAGAGGAGGAGGAGACUGAAGAGGAAAAGCAGUUCAGAGCGAUUUACAAGCAGAUCGCUGGAGAUGAUAUGCAGGUCUGUGCCAACGAGCUGAAAACCAUCAUGAAGAACGUCCUCUCCAAACAUAAUGAAAUAAAGACAGAGGGUUUCAGUCUGGAGACGUGUCGGAGUAUGAUCGCCUUGAUGGACACCGAUGGAACAGGAAAACUGAAUCUUCAGGAGUUCAAACACUUGUGGAAAAAGAUCAAGCAGUGGCAGGUGAUCUUCAAACGUUACGACAAAAACAAAUCCUGCAGCAUCAGUAGUUUUGAGAUGAGGAACGCAGUCAAUGAUGCAGGGUUCCACCUCAACAAACAGUUAUACGACAUCAUAGCCAUGCGUUACGCAGACGAACACCUGAACAUCGACUUUGACAGUUACAUCUGCUGCUUUGUGAGGCUAGAGGGCAUGUUUAGAGCUUUUAACGCCUUCGACAAAGACGGAGAUGGAAUAAUUAAACUAAACGUCCUGGAGUGGCUUCAGCUGACCAUGUAUUCAUAACUCCACCUCUGGACGCCUCAGGCCGUGGUUACGAGUCCUGGACCGUCGUCAUUCUUCGCUCCUUAUUUUAAUCUCCUCAUGGGGUGAAGACAAAGGGAAUGAUUUUGCACAUAUUUUCUUAUUAAGUAAAAGUUUGUGGUUUUAUGUCACAUCAUGUCUGUCAGUUCAGAUUAACUUCAGGUGACUUAUUUUUCAGGUUUUACAAGUGACAGAAUCGCUAUUAUGUCAAAUUUCAUCAACACUGUAAUAAAUGUUGAACUUUCUAAAGAAUGUGGUUAAUCCAGUAAAAAGAAGCAUCAACGCCGCAAGAGUUUGAGAAGAUGAAGAGACCCGAGUUUUGUUUAAGUAUUUGCUUUUAAAAUACAGAGAAGGAAAACACUGCAAAUUGUGUCGUUUAUUUCCGAACAUUUACAGUAGGUGUCAAACAAAUUAAAUAUAUACUGUACAGUAUCACACACACAAAUACUGGGAUAAGUUUUCAGUCUUAUACACACAAGGGAAAAUGAACUGAUGUAUUUGAUAAAGUAAUUUUCAUGAAUACGAACUUCAGAUUAAAAUGUAUAUGAUAAUGUAUGCAUUCAGUCAGUGCCCACUUACUCCAAAUAUGAGUCUGAAUGACAGAAACCUGAAACAUAUUCUAUUCCAAAAAUGGAAUUUCACUCAAGCAGGUUUAAGUACACGUAAAAUUACUUCUGUUAGUACAGUACACAACUAAUUUAAGCCCUUUUUAUCAUUGUCAUUUUUCCUAUCCUAAGUAACCAUGUCCUUUUGAAAGUAAAGUCGGGACAAUCUCAGGACUAAAGUUCUUCAUAUAUUUGGUGUUUUGAAGAUAAUCAUAUUUGCAAUAGACAGUAUGUUAAUGUCCUUUAAUAUCUUCCAGAAAUAACUGAUCUUACGACGAUCUCUGAACCUCACGGUCAAUGAAUAUCAUAACAAAAUGGUGUCGAAGGCAAUUCAUGUUUACAAAAACGACUUGUAAUGUUUGAAAUGGAAACCGGCGACCGAUGGACUGAACUGAAACCUGAAGCAUAUAUACAAAAACUGAUGAGACAAAUACUUUAUAACAAUCAAGAUCUUGAAUGAAGCACAGAAGGAAUCUAAAACAGCAGCAUCACAUUGUGGUUUGUCACUGAACAUCUCAAUCCCUUCAUAAAAA